AUGGCCAAGGCAACCUUUGACACCAUGAAAGCCGGUUCUGAUGCGCUGGCCGUGCACAUCAAUAACAUUGCGGAUGGGACUAUGGUUUUGAUCGGGGCGCUUGAUGAGGCUUCAAUCAAUCUUACAGACACGGCGAAAACGGCGAUCAAAACCUGCGGAGCAACUAUGAUCGACAGUCUGUCAUUCAGAGCCGGCUACGCGCUGGUCGGCAUCAAGGGAGGGGCAGCCUUGGCCGAAGACCUCAAGAAGACCACGGAAGGAUACGCCGUGGCCGUCGGAUUUCUUGGACAGACGGAGGUGAGUACCAGCACUACCACGACCAGCCCUGCCAGCUUUUGUGCUAUGCUGACCUGCCCUUCGGGUCUGACCUUGAAGCGUGCCACUAUGUGGAGCACGAGGAGUGCCAACGCAACUGACUGCUGCACAACAGCCGCGGAAGAUAUCGCAGACAUUGGCGUGCGAAGUGCUGGAUAUGCAGAUGGGAACGAGGCAGCUUUCUUCGCAAACGGCGUGAACUUCUACUCUGGGCCAAGUCGCGGUCUGACUGUGGUCACAGUGCGGCCGGAUGGAACUCGCAAAGACUCGGCAACCUUCGACACCAUGAAAGCCGGUUCCGAUGCCCUGGCCGUGUACCUCAAUGGCAUCGAGGAUGGGACCAUGGUUUUGAUCGGGGCGCGUGACGAGGCUUCAAUCAAUCUUACAGACACGGCGAAAACGGCGAUCAAGACCUGCGGAGCAACUAUGAUCGACAGUCUCGGGUUCAGGGGCGGCUACGCGCUGGUUGGCAUCAAGGGAGGGGCGGCCUUGGCCGAAGACCUCAAGAAGACCACGGAAGGAUACGCCGUGGCCGUCGCACAGAUGAAGGUGGUUAUCUCCGUGGAUGCAAACAAGCCCGUCUGCGAUGCCAGUGUUCCGGUUCCGCCGGUCACAGGUUAUGUAUCUCAGGGCAACCUCAACCUGGACGCAGGAUGUCGCUACAACCUCUAUGAAAAGGCGCAGGCAACCCAAUGCUUGCAAGGAAGCUGGAUUGUGAUGACGGGCUCUUCCAACACCCUGCUGGAGUUUGGGAACCUGAUUAACUUCCUGGCCCCCGAUGAGUACGGCAUCCAACGAGAGGGAGAGAUGAUUGGCGCUUCCGCAGUUGCAGAUGUUGUGAUCGAGAAUGGACAGGUCACUCACUGGGACGUGAUCAGCAACCAGCUGCCUGAGUGCAGGCAGGUGGACAUUGCACUUGCGAACCAGAACCGAGCAGCGUGCAAAGUGGCAAUUGAGAAUCUCUUGAUGCGAGCGCCGGCAUAUAGUCCUGAUUCUAUUCGCAUUACCAUGUUCAUCUCCUUCUUUUGGUAUCGGACUGCCUUGGCUUUGGAAGUGGUGAACGCAGAUACGCUGUGGAGUGCCGCACAGGUGGCCGUGGUGACGCAAGUGGGGGCCUGGUACAACGUGUGCAGCGUCACCAAGGAGGACUAUUGCCCACGGCAGGAGCUCCUUGCAAUGGACAGGGAUCCUGCAAUCCAAGUCUUCAAGGAUGAGAUGGAGGAGGUGUUCGUGCAGAUGGAUAGCUUCUGCACCGGUGGUGGACGAGCUGCCACUCUUGGCUGCAGCGUGCAGACCAUCUCAUGGACCAACGGGGUGCGUGACAAUGAGAACUUCCAGGUCAUGAACGCCUUCAUCGAGCAGGCCAUGUCCGGGCGGCAAUCUUCGUCCUUCCGACUCAUCGACUUCUUCAGACUUGGUGGCGCUAUGCCAGAGGAGGUGGUCAACGGUCACGGCUCGCAGAUGCUGAAUCUUUGGGUAUGGACGGUGAUGUUCAACGCGAUGUGCCCUGCAGAGCUUGCAGCUCGCGGCUCCUAUGCGGUUUGGGAGGGCAACCUCUGCUCUGGAACGGAGGCUCGAUUUGAGAACUGCCCCGACUACUACCCCAGUUGCUUGGACGGCCCGCGAUGCGAGAAAUGGGAAUGCAUGAACAGCGUCCCUUGCACAUUGAAAGCCGCAGAUCCUCCGAUGGCCGGGGACACCGAAGGCCUUUGUGACGAUCUCGUGAACAUCAGUGGGUUUCUGACGGCCCCAGUUCUCAUGGACGAACGCAUGGACUUGGACGCGUGCCACAGAGGAAACCUUCGAGUCCGUUUGUGGUGCUUGCAGGAUUACGAGUGGCUCUUGCCGCUUGUCAGCGUCAUUGCGGCGCUGGGGAUUGUUGCAGUGCAGUACGCUUGGGAGAAGUAUGGGCCAAAAAAGACUGAACAGAGCCCUAGGAAAAGCUCGAAACAAGCGGACAAUGCUGAAGCGAAGGCCGGUGCUGCAGUGCCCGAAUCGAAAGCAGCGGAGGUUGACACUGCUGCGGUUGCGAUUGCGGUUCACCAGGAGCCUGAAAUCGUUCAGGACGUGCCAGAAGGACCGCCAGGAGAUGACAAAGCUUCCGUAGAAGCGUCAAAAUCACGAGCAGCAACCAAGGAGAACUUCGCGGAACUAACAGAUAUUGCAUCUGCACCAUCGCCCAAGAAGUCGAAAAGUCACUAUUCCCUCGCUGCUACCUCAGAGGCAGCUCUCGGCGAAUUGACUGACAUCAUGUCUGCAUCGCCCUCCGCCAUGAAGUCCAAGAGCCACGUGGAGCUGGAGGUGAAGUCCGAAGCAGCGCUGGAAGUCAGCAAGCCCAAGAGUCAGGCUGGCAAGGGUGCCAAUGCACCGGAGAUCCCGGAGCCGGAGAAGCCGGAGAAGCCACACCAGAUGGCAGCCACCGCACCGGAGAAAGGGGAGGCAGUGGAGGUGGGACCAGCUACGGCGACGACAGCCAGGCUGGCGCAGAUGGUCCAGACACGCAAAGCUGGCAACAAGUACCCUCUUGGGCUCGCACGGUUCAUGGGAUCAUCCCACGUGGUGGCGGGCCACCUCUUUGCCAAGGGGGUGACGCAUCCCGUGUACUUUUUCGGCUGGGGCUUUACUUGGGUGCCUUGGUUCUUCAUGCUUUCUGGCUUCGUGCUUUUCUCCGCAUACCUGAAGAACCCCAAGGAGGAGACCAUGAUUCAGUAUGUUCUGCGCAGGAGCACGACCAUCUACCCAUUGUAUGCCUUCUCUCUCAUCCCAGCCUUCAUUAUGCAGAAGAGCUUUGGGACCAUGUCAGCCGAGUGGCCGACCUUGCUCGCACAGUCCUUCCUUCUGCAAGCCUGGUGGCCGACGUUCACCGAGAAUGCGCUUCAAAUGCAUUGUUGGUUUCUGAGUUGCAUGGUCGUGUAUUGGUUCUUCUUCAAGCCUUUGGCUUAUCUCCUGAAGAACGUCACCUUGAAGAGAACGGUGGGUUUGAUGGGCUUCUUCUUCUUUCUUCCCUGGCUUCUUGUGUUGAUUCCCGUCAUGGCGAACCAGCCUGUGGAUUGGUACAAGGAUCAUGACUUUCUUAGCACCGACACUGCGCUAGACAUUGGAGUCGUCAUGCUGAAGUUCCACCCGGUCUGCUACUUUCAUGUCUUUAUUCUUGGCAUGCUACUUGCCAAGCUCAGACAGCUUCUCGACAAGAAGGCCCUGGCUUGUGGUCAUGCUGCAGACUCAUUCCGCAAUCCAUACCUCAUCGCAUUGCAAUUUGUUGCACCACUCGGCUACUUGUUUCUGAUUCUGGUAUUCAGCGUGGAGGGCUUUCAGGCCAGGCUAUGGGGCUACAAGCUGUCUGCCCGUAUCUCGGUACUUUUGCCUUUCCAAGCCAUGAUUCUAUUUGGCCUGGCUGGCCUGCCCAGCCUUCCACUUCCGCUCUUCUCGUAUGCGUUCUCGAAGUUGGACUUUCUUGAGAACUACUCCUACGCUGUCUACGUGUUCCAGUUCCUCUGCUAUGCGGUCUGGCCUCAAACGGGCUUGGUGAACCUGCCCCUCUUCUUCGUGUUCACGUACGCGUCGGCUGUGGUCAUUGCACGCGGCAUCCAGCAGCCGAUUCAGAAGUGGUGGGCCUCCCACACACGAGCGCGUCUUGUCGUGCCCUUCAUCCUGGCGGCCUUCCUUGUUGGGCUGUCCUUCCUCCCAGACCCAGCAGCAGACGCGUCGAUGCCCGACAUCCCUGCCCAGCUCUUCAUUGAUGACCGCACAAAGGACAUGCGCCUGGAGCUGAUGGAUUCGGAAGGCCAGCACCUGGGCGCCAUGGUCAUUAACCCAUCCCUCGUCAUUGCGAAUGGUGAGGUGGUGGUGGUUGCAAGGCGGCACAGGCGGGAGACCACGCAAAGCAACGGCCGCUACAGUGGCCCUGAAGGCGAAGGGGAUGCGGUGUUCAUCAACCAGAUCUGGCACUCGGACGUGGUUGUCGGCAGCCGGGCUCUGGACCUUGAGCGUUGGGGGCUCUGGCCUUCUAGCGGCCUCAGCCCUUUGGCUGGCCUGCCUAUGCAAGCUUGGACUGGCAUCCGCACGUCCACAGGUGGCAGUUGGCAGGACCUGUGCAUCGCCGAAACCUGGAUCGCCAGCAACAACACACUGAUUCGACAUGUCGUCACCGGCCCGGAGGAUCCCAAGGUGGUGAGCCUUCCCGGCGACGGGCUGGUGGUUGCCUUCGACUCGAAGCCUCCGAAAGAUGGCGACCAGUCCACCUGCCGAAGAAACAACCAAGGCUUUGCAGAUGCCGUGACUCAGAUGUAUUUGUCCACGGGUGUCAGCCCUGUGGGGCUGGGAACCCCGACUCCCGCCCAUCGCCUAAGCUAUGGUCAAGUCGACGUUGCCGAGAAGAACUGGAUUCCGUUCGUGUACCAAGAGUCUGUUUACUUCAUCUACACCCCGCUUCCGCAUGUCGUGCUUUCAUCGCAAAAUGAUGGGCAAAGCGAGAAGGUGUUCAGCACGACGUUCCGUCCCUUGCAGCGCGUCGUGCAAGAAAACCCCCACGUCAGGAUCCGAGGUUCGGCGCAGGCUGUCUUCGUGAACAGCUCGCAGGCAACACCAAGCUUGCCGCGGCCACACUACUUGGCACUCCUGCAUAUCUUCGACACCUCGACUGGCCGCUAUGCGCACCAUGCGUACCGCUUUGGUGCAGAGCCGCCCUUCAUGAUGCUGCAGCUUUCAUCUAAACUGCCUUUAACAGAGGCCGCUGCAACUCCAGGUGGUGUUCCCUUUGCUUUCGCAAGCGGACUGGCUGUGCACAGCAACACCGUGGUGGUCACCUACGGCGCAGGAGAUCGCGAUGCCAGAGCAUUGGUGAUGAGUCUGGACAGGCUUGACGAGAUGUUUGCGUGCUCCACCUAUGCAGAUGAUGCAUGA